UCCUGUAUACAUGGCCCUCCUCUCCCAUACACACGUCUGUUCCUCUCCCAGCUUCUCCUCCUCCUCCCAGUACACACAAGUCCUCCCAUCCUCCCCAUUCUCCUGUCCCUGGCAUGGAGCUGGCACUGCCCCUUUCCUGUUAUUUGCUGUGCUUUUCCUGUUUUGGCUUAAGUGGUACCACGGACAUAAGCAGCUCACUGGUGACUUUGCAGAAUGAAUCCAUGGUGGAGAGUGGAGAAACAUGUCAAGGGAUCAUCUUCGUGUUCAGCAAUGAUACUGGCAGACUGGUGUGUGACAAUCAGUGGAGUGUGGAGUCUCCGCUCGCUCAUGUGGUGUGCAGAGAAUCUGGAUGUGGGGCACCAAACAUAACAUGGACACUGAAGUCUGCUCCGCGGGGCUCCUUAGAAGCUCUUCAAGGAAUGCAAUGCACAGGAAAUGAGUCUAGUGUGAGUGAAUGUGAGAGCCCGGGGGAAUCAGUGCAGUUCUGUGCCGCAGAGAAAAUUGCUGCCAUAUCAUGCAACCAGAACGUCAUAGAGCCAAGAGAUAACAGAUCAUGGAGACUGUCCAGGGGCCGUUCUUCCUGUGAUGGGCACAUUGAGCUAUUUGCAGAGGACAGAUGGAGUCCUGUGUGUCUUGCAAGCAUCAAGGAAAUUGAUGCUGCCUUCUUCUGUGAACAAAUGGGGUGUACACCUCACCAGCCCCUCUUCUCACUGCUUGGCAAGGUAAAGUCACCCGUGCCUCCUGUGAUGAUACAGUGUCCAGAGAACAAGACUGCACUCCGGGAAUGUGACCAUCAAGUUGUUGAUAUGUGUGUUUCUGGUCUGACCACCUACCUGCAGUGUAACCGCUCCAGAAUGGAGGAGUCUUGGCUUGUCUGGCUCACCAUAUGCCUAGCUGCUGUAAUGAUCAUCGUGUUCUGUUGGGUUCGUGUGGUCAAGUCUACAAAGUGCUGCGCUCAGUGUUUACACAAGAACAUAACGUCCCUAUUCUGUAAGAAAGCACAAGCUCGACGGGAGUUGCAUUCACGCAGGAAUAAUUAUCACAGGGAGCCCAUUAAUGUUACUGUGCAGGAAGCGCAUAGCCCCCCGUCUUCUCCUGGAAUCAUUCAAGAUCCAAGCGAAGUCAAUGCCUUGCUGGCUCCUCAUGGCUUCCGUCUGAACAACACCAUCACCCCUCCACCUAGUUAUAUGCAUGCUUUGAAGGUCCUGUCCCGGCCUCUGGAGAGCACUCAGACUCCGCCCCCAAGCUACCUGGAAGCUCUGAAGAUUCUUUCCCGGCCAAUCUUGGUCCAUGUAAAUGCAGAUGACUGCAUCGAGGACAAGGAGGACCUGACAGUCCUAACACACAAAGAUAAGGAAGAGAAAUCAUAGGACAGUUUUUUCAGUGUAAAAACGCUAUUUAUAAAAUCCAGAAACUUUACACCCUUGAACUCUUCCUGCUCUUGAAUUUUGUAUAGUUUGCGAUUCUGUAUUGAUCGGUCCCUGGAAUGUGGACUGUUGAAGCCACAUUGCAAUCUGUCAAGACCAACUAUGAUCAGAAAAUAAGCCGACAACAGCUACAAGCCUCUGUCUUUAGAGGACUCCUCAACCUGAAAUAAAUGUUUCCUUUUACAAAAUUA